AUGCCUCCCCCCAAAGGGACCCCGAACCCAUUGGAAGGCCCUGGUGACUACGACGUGACCUCGGUCGUACACUCUGACACCUAUCCAGCCAUCGACCCAACCAAGUUCAACCUGCAGGGCAAGACGAUCCUGGUCACAGGGUCAUCUCGAGGCUUUGGCCGAGCUAUGUGCGUAGCCUUUGCUCGGGCCGGUGCUGCCCAUAUUGUUCUCGCAUCCAGGUCUGACAUGUCCACCACCGCCGACGCCAUCAGGGCUGCAGCAAAGGAGAUGGGACACCCAGACCCUGAUGUCCUCAGCGUCAAAACCGACGUCGGCGUCCCAGAGAGUGUCGAUGCCUUGGCGGAAAAGGUCAGCGAGACGUUCGGUUCAUUGAAUGUUGUGAUCAACAACGCAGCUUUUAUGAAGAUAGGCUCUAUCGCCGAGUCUGAUCCUGCCGAUUGGUUACAGACCAUUACUGCGAAUGUCUUUGGACCCUAUCUUGUGGCACGGGCCUUGGCUCCUUUGCUCCUCAAGGCAGAGACCAAGACCAUCAUCAACAUUACCAGCGUCGGAGCCCAUCUUGUGUCGCACAGUCUCAGCGCGUAUCAGACCUCUAAGCUGGCAAUCGUCAGACUAACGGAGUUUAUCGCCUUGGAGUAUGGGGACAAAGGCAUCGUCUCCUACUGUGUUCAUCCCGGUAAUUCGCCCUCAGAGAUGUUGGGUGGUAUUAAAGGGGUCCCAGAGCCGAUGAAACCAGCGUUCGUUGACACCCCCGAACUAUGUGCCAACUCUUUAGUGUUUCUUGCGUCGGAGAGACGAACGUGGCUGGCAGGUCGCUAUAUCAAUGUUACUUGGGAUCUCCCUGAGCUCAUGUCCAAGGGGGAGGAGAUUGUACAGGGCGACAAGCUUAAAGUGCGUCUUGUCUUUUAG